CUGGCUGAGCAGUGCUGGAAUGGCGGCUUCAUCUACCUGAUCAUGCUGCGUCGCUUUAAGCACAAAGCCCAUUCUACUUAUAAUGGCAACAGCAGCAACAGCUCUGAACCUGGAGAGACACCUACCUUGGAGCUGGGUGACCGAAGUACGAAAAAGGGGAAAAGAACGAGAAAGUUCGCAGUCAUUUCCAAGCCUCCUACCAACAAGACCCCUGAAGAAUCCAAGAGCAGCGCUGGCUGUGAGUUGGCCAGUGACCCUGGCUCUGAACUGGAGAACGGCGCAGACCCUGAACUUGGAAAUGGGCACGCCUUUGAGUUAGAAAAUGGCCCAGAUUCUCUCAAGGAGGUGGCUGGGCCCCAUCUAGAGAGGUCAGAAUUGGACAGAGGGACAGAGCAUAAAAUUCCAAAGACAGAUGCUCCCCUAACUACAAGCAAUGACAAACGCCGCUUGUCUAAAGCUGGAAAGACAGACUUCCAGUCAAGUGAUUGCCUGGCACGGGAGGAAGUUGGCCGGAUAUGGAAGAUGGAGCUGCUCAAAGAGUCGGAUGGGCUGGGAAUUCAGGUUAGUGGAGGCCGAGGAUCAAAGCGCUCACCUCACACUAUCGUUGUCACUCAAGUGAAGGAAGGAGGUGCCGCUCACAGGGAUGGCAGACUGUCCUUAGGAGAUGAGCUGCUGGUAGUCAAUGGUCACUUACUGGUUGGGCUGUCCCACGAGGAAGCUGUGGCCAUUCUUCGCUCGGCCACUGGAAUGGUUCAGCUGGUGGUGGCCAGCAAGGAAAGCUCUGCCGAGGACAUCCUCAGGUUAACAUCUAAGAGUCUGCCUGAUCUGACCAGCUCGGUAGAGGACGUGUCCUCUUGGACCGACAACGAAGACCAGGAGCCAGACGGGGAAGAGGACGAAGGAUCCGGCUUGUCUUCUAGCCAGGGAGCAAUGCCUGGGACAGAUGAGCCCCAAGAUGUAUGUGGCUCUGAGGAACCCAAGGGGAACUUGGAAAGUCCCAAACAGGGCAGCAGUAAGGUGAAGCUCAAGAGUCGUCUUUCAGGGGGCGUCCACCGCCUAGAGUCUGUUGAAGAAUAUAACGAGCUGAUGGUGCGGAACGGGGACCCCCGGGCCAGGAUGCUGGAGGUCUCCCGAGAUGGCCGGAAGCACUCCCUUCCCCAGCUGCUGGACUCCGCCGGAGCAGGGCAGGAAUAUCACAUUGUAAAGAAGUCCACCCGCUCCUUAAGCGCCACUCAGGUGGAAUCUCCUUGGAGACUCAUCCGGCCAUCCGUGAUCUCUAUCAUUGGUCUGUACAAAGAAAAAGGCAAGGGCCUUGGCUUUAGCAUUGCUGGAGGUCGAGACUGCAUUCGAGGACAGAUGGGGAUUUUUGUCAAGACCAUUUUCCCAAAUGGAUCAGCUGCAGAGGAUGGAAGACUUAAAGAAGGGGAUGAAAUCCUGGAUGUAAAUGGAAUACCGAUAAAGGGCUUGACAUUUCAAGAAGCCAUUCAUACCUUUAAGCAAAUCCGGAGCGGGUUAUUUGUCUUAACAGUACGCACAAAGUUACUGAGCCCCAGCCUCACUCCCUGCUCGACACCCACGCACAUGAGCAGAUCCAGCUCCCCAAACUUCAACACCAGUGGGGGAACCUCAGCAGGAGGCUCCGACGAAGGGGGUUCUUCGUCCCUGGGUCGGAAGGCCCCUGGGCCCAAGGACAGGAUCGUCAUGGAAGUAACGCUCAACAAAGUGUUCCUAUGGAACAGUCUGCGGUCAGCAGCAGGCAGUGUUCUCUCAAUGGCCCAUGAGAUCGAAGGUAGAGAUUUUAGUCAUUUUGUGAAACUGUUACUACAGAGUGUUGAUUAUGUCACCCUCCCCAGCCGCGGAGAUCAAAUCCUGGAAGUGAACUCAGUCAACGUUCGCCAUGCUGCUUUGAGCAAAGUCCAUGCCAUCUUGAGCAAAUGCCCCCCAGGGCCCGUUCGCCUCGUCAUCGGCCGGCACCCUAAUCCGAAGGUGUCUGAGCAGGAAAUGGAUGAAGUGAUAGCACGCAGCACUUAUCAGGAGAGCAAAGAAGCCAAUUCCUCUCCUGGCUUAGGUACCCCCUUGAAGAGUCCCUCUUUUGCAAAAAAGGACUCCCUUAUUUCUGAUUCCGAACUCUCCCAGUACUUUGCCCACGAUGUGCCAGGUCCUUUGUCAGACUUCAUUGCGGCUGGCUCUGAGGACGAGGACCACCCGGGAAGUAGCUGCAGCACGUCGGAGGAUGGCAGCCUGCCUCCUGGCACCUCCGUUCACAAGGAGCCGGGAAAAGCCAGAGCCAACAGCCUUGUGUCUCUAGGAAGCCAGUGGGCCUCUGGGCUCUUCCACAAGCAGGUGACAGUUGCCAGACAAGCCAGUCUCCCUGGAAGCCCACAGGGCCUCCGAAACCCGCUCCUCCGUCAGAGCAGGGUGGGCUGCCAUGAUGCCAGUGACGAGGAAGAGUUUGAUGGACAGGGGGACUGUAUCUCACUCCCAGGGGCCCUGCCGGGUCCCGGCAGACCUCUGACAGGGGGUGACUCUAGGCGUGUCUUGACGGCCUCUUCCAAUGUCAUGGAUGUCAACAACCAAGAAGAGCCACCCCAGAAGACACGGGUCAGCAAGGCCUUUUCAGUGCCUGUCCUUGGCAGCUCGGUGGACUUACAGAAGAGUGUCCCAGAGGAUAUGGUGGACACUACUUCCCAUGAAGCCAAUGUGCUGGACUCUGUAGAGGCCAAGAGUGGCCCUGGAGGCUUGGGGAAGAAGGAACUGUCAGGAUCAAAGAGUUCACCCAAAUUGGAAUACAAAGUCUAUGCAGGCACCCAGAGUCUGAUUAGCACAGAGGGCUCCAGGUCCCCCCAGCAGAAGAAUGAAAACCUAGGGUCCAGGCACAAACCAGUGGCCAGGGUCAGCCCACACUGCAAGAGGCCCGAGGCCAGGGCCAGCAGCUCAGACACAGUGAACCUGACCGGCAGAGCCGAUGAACCGUGUGAUCUAGACUUAACAGUCCAGGCCACUUCCAUCAAAGUAACCGUCACCAGCUUUCAGCCAGGUGGAACUACGGAGAAGGAAUCUCUGGGAAAGCUCACCACUGAGGAUGGACGUGUCCCUACGGACAGUGGGCCAGCUCUGUGCGCUGUCCAACCCAGGGAGAACCUGCCCCAACCUGCAACAGAGCAGGGACAACAACCCGUGACUGGACUGGACGGCUCCCCAGGUCUCAUCCCUUCCUUGAGGAAGAAGGGGGCCGCUGGUCCUGACCCCAGCAAGACCUCAGUGGACACAAGGCAGGUCCGGCCUGCGCCUCCCAGGGCCCCCGAGUCCGAGGGCAGAUGUGCCGUCCACGUGGCCUGCGAGUGCAGCAUGUCCCCAGGGGAGAAGGCGGCAGCUCGUGCUGACCUUGGCGAGACUCAGGCAGCUCCAGAAGCCAGCUCGCCCCACUACACCGAGAAGGCGACUGGUCCCCGGGGAGUGGAGCACGGGGCAGAGGGAGUGACUCCAGCUAGUGCCAUCCCAUCACGAGACUCUCUGACAAGCCAGGAGAAAAGACAAGAAGCUCCGGGUAACCACAGCCAGGCUUUGCCAGCGACAGGAAUCUGUGUGCCUGAAACACUUCGGGAGCCUGCCCUGCUCGAGGCAGCAGAUUCCAUGUCUGCAAGGACCCUGCAGGCCAGCCUCCCCCUGCCACUGUCCACUGGCAAGGCCAAAGAGGCAUGUGGCAGCGCCUCAGGGCACUGCUGCCCUGCGGGGAGCAGGGAGAGCCCCGUGACAGACAUCGACAGAUUCAUCAAGGAGCUGGAUGCUUCUGAAGCAAGGAUCCAGUCUUCUCAAAAAGGGGACAGUGGGGGUCAAGAGGGCAGCUGUCCGGGUUCCUGCCAUGCCGAGCCAGCCACGGGUGACCAGAUGCCCUCCCCGAGGAAGGCCUGGGCCCCUGGCGCCCCACCCGCCCCCCAGUGGGCCUCCCAGCCUUCGCUGUUGGAUUCCAUUCACCCUGACAAACAUUUCACUGUGAACAAAAACUUUCUGAGCAACUACUCGAGAAAUUUUAGCAGUUUCCACGAAGACAGCACCUCGCUGUCGGGCCCAGGCGACAGUACGGAGCCAUCUCUCUCGUCCAUGUACGGCGAUGCCGAGGACUCCUCCUCUGACCCUGAGUCGCUCACGGAAGCCCCGCGAGCUCCCACCGGGGACAGCUGGCCCCCUCCCCGGUCUCAUGGGUCUUCUCACAAGGAAGACACUACAGAGUCUGAGGAGGAGCAAAUCGAAAUCUGUUCCACAAAUGGCUUGCCUGAUCCACCCGCAACGCCUCUCCCUCCUGCCCAAGCUGCACCCUGCCCUGCUCUAGCCAAAGUCCUGCCAUUGAAACACAGUGCUCCGAGUGCAUCGCUGCAGAACCCAUGUGAGACAGCCUCCUUCUUGCCAGGGGCCUUGUGCACUUCAACCCCAAAUGCUUCCCAACCUUUUUCUCUCUGGGAUAUAAGCUCUCAGGAGCAGGAGACUUGUGCAGACGUAAGCGUGUUGCAGGACCCCAGGCCCUCGUGUGCAGAAGACACUAGGGAGACUACCAGGACUAGCUCAGCCGAGGAAGACAGUCAGCCUUCUAAAGUCACCAGGCACUGUCACAACCCCCCGGCCACUCUCAGCUCCCUUAACUUGGUAAAUGGGCUGGAACAUGACCUGCUAGAUGAUGAAACCCUGAAUAAACAAGAAACAAAUGUUAAUGCAACUGAAAAUCUGUCCUCCUUGAGUGUGGCUGUCCCUAAGAACGGAGAAUCUGUUUUGGCAAGCCUACACAUCUCUGAAAGUCAAGACCUGGAUGACUUGCUACAGAAACCAAAAAUAACCUCCCGGAGGCCCAUCAUGGCCUGGUUUAAAGAAAUAAACAAAAAUAACCAAGGUACACACUUGCAGAGCAAAACUGAGAAGGAACAAUCCAUGGUGGCAGCCAGAAGCCCUGACUCCAAAAUUCAGAUACUGAGCUUGAACCACAAAAAGGGGCUUGCCAUGGCCAAUAGCCCUCCUCAGCUGAAGAUGACUCUGGAAAAUAAAGACCCACCUAAAAAAGGUUCCAUGGAAACACUUCUGAGUAACUGUCAGAAGCCCAAAUGUGGCCCCAAGUUGAAGAGACUGAGCAUCAAAAAUAAAAGCAAAGUCAGUUCGGAGGCCCCCGCUGCAAACACUGCCAAAGCUGGUGGGAUAGACCACAGGAAAUCCUUCAUUUCACCCCAGAGCUCCCACAAAAUGCUCUCUAAGGUAGUGUCACACCGAUCCCAGGUAGCUGACCAGGAGGGGCCCGACAAACACACCGUAGCCACCCCCAAGUCUCCCCAGUGUGUGCUGGAGGGCAAGCCACCCCUGGCCGCCCCUGGGUCACUGAAGCCCUCGGCAUCAGACACGAGCAUCAAAAUGCCCAUUCCACCCCCGAGCUUCACCAAGAUUCUUCCUGAGCAAGAUGCAUGUAGUAGGUUCCACACGGCUGUCCACUCAGAACCCAGCAGAGGCUGCCCAGCUGCCCCCAGAUCCUGUACACGUGGGCCAGAGGGCGAGGUGCCCUGUGCAGACUCUGGGCUGGGGAGUCCCGCUGCAUCAGGGAGCAGUGCGUCCAUGGCAGGGAACAGACAGAUGGCCUCAGCAUCGGAAGCCACCCAACCCAGGGUGCCUGGCGAAAAAGGAAGCAAAACCAUUGCUGGUGAUCCCCUAGAGAGAACAAACCAGCUGAAACUAGUUGAGAUUUCUUCUGAAAGAAUGCCAAAGAGUGGAUGUGGUGACAAGCCAGCUGAAAGUGUCAGACGGGGAGGGUUGUGGGCCCAGAGCAGCUGUCAGGAACAGAAUGAAAUCAAACUCUGUCACCACUCCGUGGAAUUGUGUGCCUCCCAGGUGGAGCAGGAAAUGCACAGAUCGCUCAGUGUGGCCAGGUUGGCAUCCUGGUCCCCCCAGCUGCAUGCUAAAAAGACAGAUUCCCCCCAGGGACCGUCAAGCCAGCUGCCGGAGGCCCUAGGAAUGCCCAAGAACGGCACACCCACUGGCCCCGCGGGGGAGGACCAUCCCUACUUCACACCACGGCCAGCGACCAGGACCUACUCCAUGCCAGCCCAGUUCUCGAGCCAUUUUGGACGGGAGGGUCAUGCCCUACACAGCCCAGGUCACUCUCCUCAGAACAGCCAGACCCCUGUGGCGAGCCGUGGUCUCCUGGAGGCAAAGGCAUCCAAGGGCAGCCUUCUCGGCCUGGUUAAUGGGCACAGUGUGUACAGUGUCAAGCCUCUGCUGGAAACGUCGGGGAACCUUCCAACAACAGACCCAGGGGAGAUCAUUUCCAUACAGGAGACGAGCUGCCCAGUCACAGACAAAAUCAAAGUCACCAGAAGACAUUACUACUAUGAGCAGAACUGGCCCCAUGAAUCUACCUCAUUUUUCUCUGUGAAGCAGAGGAUCAAGUCCUUUGAGAACCUGGCCAAUGCUGACCGGCCUGCAGCCAAGCCCGGGCCUUCCCCCUUUUUGUCGGUGAGCUCCAAGCCCCCCAUUGGGCGACGGUCAUCUGGCAGCAUUGCCUCGGGGAGCCUUAGCCACCCCGGUGACCCAGCAGCGAGGUCACUGAGGCGCAGCUUGAGUUCCUGCAGCGAAAGCCAAAGUGAAGCCAGUGCCCUUGUCCCCCAGAUGACCAAGUCCCCGUCCAGCAUGACGUUGACUGUCUCCCAGCAGAAUCCACCAGAGACCAAUAACAAGGGCCCUGAAUCAGACCCCCCCAAAAAGUUUGGUUCUUCAGGAAUUCCCACCCCCACAGUGACCCCAGCCUCUCCCGUCAGGAGGAACAAGUCCUCGGUGCGCCACACACAGCCCACGCCUCUCUCUCACUCUAAGCUCCAGGAACUGAGGGCCUUGAGCAUGCCUGACCUGGACAAGCUCUGCAGCAACAAUUACACGGCAGGACCGACCACCAUGCUCUUCAAAACCGAGCUGGAGAUCGUUCCCAGGAGGUCGCUUGGCUCCCCUGCUAGAGGCCUCGAUGGACCAGCUGCCCUUUCAUGUCCCAGGAGUGGCAGGAACAGGGCCUGCCCAGGAGGAAGCAGCUCGCCAGCCAGGGAGCCUCGGACACCCAGUACAGCCAACAAUGUGGGUGAAACCACCCAGGAUCUAGAAAAAAGCUGGUCAGUAACUUUGGAUCAACUCCUUGUCUCGGCGGAAGACCAGCAAAGAUUACAGUCUGUUUUAUCAUCAGUGGGGUCAAAAUCUACCAUCCUAACUCUCAUUCAGGAAGCGAAAGUACAAUCAGAGAAUAAAGAUGUUUGCUUCAUAGUCUUGAAUAAAAAAGAAGGCUCAGGUCUGGGAUUCAGCGUGGCAGGAGGAACAGAUGUGGAGCCAAAGUCAGUCAUGGUCCACAGGGUGUUUUCUCAGGGGGCGGCUUCUCAGGAAGGGACCGUGAACCAAGGGGAUUUCCUUCUGUCAGUCAAUGGUGCCUCACUGGCUGGCUUAGGCCACGGGGAUAUCCUGAAGGUUCUGCACCAGGCACAGCUGCACAAAGAUGCCCUCGUGGUGAUCAAGAGAGGGAAUGACCAGCCCAGGCCCUCCACCAGGCAGGAGCCUCCCACAGCCAACGGGAAGGGCUUGCUGUGCAGAAAGACCGUCCCCCUGGAGCCUGGAAUUGGGAGAAGCGUAGCUGCACAUGACAUUCUGUGUGUUGAAGUGCUGAAGACCGCGGCUGGGCUGGGACUGAGUCUGGAUGGAGGAAAAUCAUCUAUGUCUGCGGAUGGGCCCCUGCUCAUUAAAAGAGUGUACAGAGGUGGUGCAGCUGAACAAGCUGGAACAAUAGAAGCUGGAGAUGAAAUUCUUGCUAUUAAUGGAAAACCUCUGGUUGGGCUCAUGCACUUCGAUGCCUGGAAUAUUAUGAAGUCUGUCCCAGAAGGACAAGUGCAGUUAGUAAUUAGAAAGCACAAGAAUUCUUCAUGAAUUUUAACAAGAAUCUCCUUUUCUCAGUUCCCUUUUCUUACUUUAAACGAUGGGUUCUUAAAACAACAAACAUUGGUACAGACAAGGCCUAUAAAAAUCUCCAAGUCUGUGCUUGCACACGAAGCCUGACCUAUUGUGUGUGCCACAGCAGCAAAGUUGGACUCUGGAAGCCUUCCACCUGGCUCACCCUGGGUGGAGCAUUCAUUUUGUUCCAGUGCCUGUCCCCUUUAUGUUUGCUGAUGGGGAUACAAGAUGUGACAUGCCCGUCUUCAUUUGAAACAGCCAGAACUCCGCAUCCCUCUUGCCAGCUCUCCCAACAUCCUGGUGAUGAGGGAAUGAACAAAGUCUGAGGGGUGCCACAGAUGUCACAACUAAGAGGACUAUAGUUUUAUAGAAUUUCAUAAGUAAAUGACACAAUACUUUUAGGCACAUUCAAUGGAAGGAGGAGCUAUAGGUCUAUAAAUGUUACCCUGAAAAGAAAAUGAGACUUUAAAAAAAUAUAUAUGAAUUAUGACCUAAUCGUUAGGCUGAGCUCAGGAAUUAUCUGAAAAUGAAAAAGCAAAAUACAGAAAGUAAUAUUUUUUAGUGAGUGGAAUGUAUAAUGUAUGGAUGCAGAGUUCAACUCAGUGGGUUAUUGAUGAUCAUGAAUUGUUGAACGUUUUCUAUCUCCAAAAACAUAAGUCAUAAGGCUGUUUUACAGACUAGUAGUUCCGGUAAACUGUACUAAAUUGCCAUGAGUUUCACAGCUUAGGAGCAGAAAGUUCCAGAUCUGAAAGCACCAUGCAUCUAGUUUCUGAACUUGUCCUGAGUAAGUGCUUGAACCCAAGACUGGUUGAUGCAAGAACAGGCAAAAAUACCACAGUCACUGGGUUUCCAUUUCUACAUUUUAUGCACUCCAACUGCUAAUUUAAACUAAUUUUUAGAAAUCAAGUACUGUAUCUCUUUAGUGUCCUUGGAUUUAUAUUUAUAAACAUAGGCAUUAUAUCUACAAUCCAAAUAGAGGAGCUUAAAAUAAUCCUUUUACAGGACUUUGGCUGGUUUUUCUCCUCUUCUCCAGCGUGCUUAAGAAAUGUAAUAUUUCUAAGUAUUGGAUCUGUUUUCUUGACCUGGUGUAAAGACAUGACUCUGCAGUGACUGAAGUUUUUGCUCUUUUUGUUUUCCUAUUUUGCAAAUUCUUCCUUUUGCCGAAAAUGUUUCACUGCAGAAGACUGUUGUGACUCAUGCUGCCUGUGAAACUCACCCUGCGUGCGCCUCCUUUUGAAGCACAAGCUUCUUUGUAGUAGCUGUUCGCAUUCGAUGUGCUGAUUGUCAUCACAAAGUUGGGUUUUUCUCCCCUCAUACUAUACUGUUUUCUUAAACUCCAAACCCACAUCAGCUUCAUUUACCAAAAUGUCAGAAGAAAGAGGAGGAAAAUGGAGAAACAGGGUGAGUCACUGUCAAGGUAUGUAGUUACAACCAAAACUAUGUAGUCACAACCAAAAUCCUCAGGUGGCACAGACCGACCCGUUGAAUCCUGGGAAUACGGGUGGAGAAUACGUGUGUCAUAUCUGUGCACAUGACAACACUACCAUUUUAUGUUGGAGAUUUUUUUGAAUAAGGUACAACUUGGGUGUAUGGCUAUGACCCCCCCCGGACCAUGGAGGUGCUUGAGCCAUCACCUUUGCACAUCAUUUUUCUGAGCGACCAAUCCCACUAAACAUCUGUAGAGUCAGCCCAGAGAAGGUCGGUCCCUCAGAUGCACAUGAUCUGGCUUGUCUAAGCUCAGAUUUCUCAUUUUUCAACAAGCUAUACAAAGGAGAAUAUAGUACAGGAGUUAGCUAGAAAGACCUGAUUUAGCUUCUACUUUUCACUACAAUUACAGGUAGGAUACUAUAGAAAGUCAGUGCAAGGUGCAUGCUAGAUUGUUUUAACUGUCUUGGGUCAAUUUCGUGGUUUCUGCUUUCUUGCCUAAGUGACGAGACUAUUUGAAGUCAACACUGAAAACCAUUUUUGCCUCCACUCUUACAGCUAGGUCUACUAAUAAGAAAUGCAGUCCUAUGUGGACAGACAGGAAUUUCUAGAGCAAUGUGGAGCAAUGGGAUCUCCUAAUCCUCUUAUCUGAAAGGUACAAGGGUAGACCUCUGGUUUAUGACACCAUUAAAGUCAUUGCCAUUUCUAUUAUAUCUUGCCAGAAGGAUCCUUGGCCAAUAGUUGGAAUUUAAGGGAAGAAGCAAAAGCUCAACUGUCUUUGACCCUAAGAUAGAAAGCUAUUUAUUUGUCUUCAGUAUUCAAGGCAUGACUAGUAUUUCUAAUUAGUCUAAUAAAUUCACACUUCCUGAAGUGAACACUAAUGGUAUUACUGUCCUACUAAAACUUCUAUUGUUUUGUUUUUCUUAACUGGUCAUUCACAAUAAGCUAUGAGGGUAAAUAUGUGUUAUAACAUGUAAAUCGUAACUGCAAGAACAUACCAUGUUGGUUGAAGUAGGUUGGGUUUCAUUUCCAUCCUCCCACAUACAUCUCUUUAAUUUUAUGGUUGACUUAAUUGGCACCACAUCUGUUGUAUGAUAUUAUACAUUAUCCUUUAUUUAUGUAAAAUAAAAUGCCUUAUAUAUUAAAGAGUAAGUGCAAUAAUAUGGAAUAGCCUGUACAUUUUUAAAAUGUUGUCGCCAAGUUAUGUAAAUCCACAUCUCUGUAAACAACCUUUUUUAAGUAAUUUUAAAA